AUGUGCGGCAGGUUCGUGAGGCAGCUGUUGGCUGAAGAGAGCAGGCAUUCCACCUUCGUGGGGCACCUCCUGCUCCCCGUGCUCCUGGGAUUCCGCCUCGUGCUGCUGGCUGCCAGUGGGACCGGGAUCUACGGCGAUGAGCAGAGUGAAUUCGUGUGUCACACUCAGCAGGCGGGCUGCAAGGCCGCCUGCUAUGAUACCUUCCAUCCCUUCUCCCCGCUGCGCUUCUGGGCCUUCCAGGUCAUCUUGGUGGCUGUGCCCAGUGCCCUCUACAUGGGUUUUACUCUGUAUCAUCUGAUCUGGCAUCGGGAAGAAUCAGGAAAGGUGAAGGAGGAGACUCUGCUCCACCAAGGGGAGAACAGCAGAGAUGGCUCAGGGCCGGGGAGCCCCAGGCUGCUCUGGGCCUACGUGGCACAGCUGGUGGUGCGGCUGGUCCUUGAGGGGGCCGCCUUGGGGGUGCAGUACCAUCUGUAUGGCUUCAAGAUGCCUAGCUCCUUUGCAUGUCGUCGGGAGCCUUGCCUCGGUAGUAUAACCUGUUACCUGUCCCGCCCUUCUGAGAAGACCAUCUUCCUGAAGACCAUGUUUGGGGUCAGUGGGCUCUGUCUCUUGUUUACUCUUUUGGAGCUUGUACUCCUGGGCCUGGUGAGAUGGUGGAGGACCUGGAAGCACAAAUCUCCUCCUUCUAACUAUUCCCCAGCUGCAGAGAGCACCAAAAAACACAAGGAACCGACUGAUAGCUUCCCAGCGGUGGAAGCCAAAGAGCAGUUCCGAGAAGCAGCAGCUGUCCCCUUGUCUCCAGCCCAGCAGCAACUCACACGAAGGGCCAAAUUCCUACUUUUUAAACCCAUACCCCUGGUUUCCACCCAGAAAAGACAGGAGAGUUUUGCUGCUGAUUCAGGGGUAACAGGAAGGGAGUAUGAUUACAUCACAGUAUGA